AUGCUACUCAGUGCCUCAAGUAAACGUACCUCGGUGCCAUCCUCUGCGAAUGGCAAAAAUUCUGAAAUGACACCAGUUGAAGCAUUGAUGGAUACGAUACGGAGCUUGUGUUUUCAGAAGAGAGUUAGAAUCAACGAAUUUUUUAUUGAUUUUGAUAAAUUGAGAUCGGGUUUUGUCUCGUUGCAACAAUUUCGUAGAUGUUUGAGCAUGUUCGGAAUGGAAUUGAGGGAUGAAGACUUUGACCAUUUAGUUGCUGUAUACUUGGAUCCUAAAUUGAACAAGGUGAACUAUGCCAAAUUUUCAAACGAUGUCGAUCAAGUAUUUACCCUGAAGAACAUGGAAAAAAACCCAAAGAUAGAAGCACUCAAGGCAGAAGCACUAUUACAGUCUCAAAAAUCAAUUCCAGAACUUACAGAAGAUCUCAACACUUUGUAUGAAAAAUUGAGAUGGGAAUCUAAAACUCAGGGACACAUCAUUAAAAAUUACUUCAAAGACUUUGACCCACUUAAUCACGGAACUGUAACUAGAUCUCAAUUUUUGCAAUGUCUUCCUUUCCGAAACUUAAAUGGCGAUGAGCUUCAUAUGAUCCUCGAUCGAUACACCGAUGAGAAAAUGCAAGUCAACUAUUUAAGAUUUCAUGAGGAAGUAGAAAAUGACACAUAUUUAGAGCAUAUUGAGCAACCUACGUUCCAAAGAGAACCUAUCUCCUAUGAAGAGAAUGUUGAAGAAAUAGAAAAAGAAAUCAAAAAAGCCUUGAUAAAGCACAGAAUUAAAUUAGAUGAAACAUUUCGUGACUAUGACAGAUUGAGAACAGGAUUCAUUACAAAACCUCAGUUCAUUGCUGCGUUAGGAUCUGUAAAGCUCCACAAAAUGGCCCUCAACGCUGAUCAAUUAGAGGCUGUUGCUGAAAAAUACCGAGUGGAAGAUAAACACUCAGAAACAAGAGUAUCGUACCAGGAAUUCCUGAACAAUAUGAACUCAGUAUUCAAUGACAAAGGAUUAGAGAAAUUCCCAACAAAAAAGUUUGUCAACCAAAAUCAGAUAUUGACGCACAAACGAAAGUCACUCUCAGAAGAAAAGGAGCACCAAUGCUCUCUAUUACUCGACAAAAUUAGAGACACUGUCAAAACCAAGAGAAUCUUAUUGAAACCAAUUUUCCAAGAUUUCGACAAGACCAAGAAGGGCACCUACGCCACAGACCAUGUAACCUUUUCCAGAUUUGAAAGGGUUUUGCAUAUGGUUGGUAUUCAUCUUACUUCUGAAGAAUAUGCUGUUCUUGAAGAAAAGUAUGAUGACUUGGGAAAGGGUCUAGACGUCAACUAUAAAAUGUUCUUGGAAGACGUUGAUGAAAUUCUGGAAGGAAGCAACAUACCUUACAAAAACUUGGAUAUUUCUUCCAAAGGACUUUCUACCACUCAACUAGAAAACACACAAAAAUCUUUCCAAGAUAUCAUGGAGGACAUCUCCUUCAAAGCAUUAGUCCACAGAGUGAGACUGGAGGAGUUCAUGCGAGAUAUGGAUCCAUUGAGAAGCUUUGAGAUUACUCAAAAACAAUUUAGAAGCGCGCUAAGCAUGGGUGGUAUACAAUUAACAGACUCAGAAUUCAAUUUACUUUGUGCUGAAUUCAUGUCCCCAACUAAAAAAGAUUACGUACUGUACAGAAGCUUUUGCGACCAAGUUGACAGCGUGAUAACAGAGAAAAACUUGGAAAAGCAACCAACCAGAGAUCUCACUUCCACAAAGGUUUUUGCUGAAGCAUCUCUUACGAAAAGAGGGCCACAAAAAAUUGCAAUUUCAUCUUUCACUAAGACGGAAGAUGUUGAGCUACUACUAUCCAAGCUUCAUGAUGCCGUACAAACAAGAGGAAUAGCUCUGAAGCUGACUUUUGAAGAUUUUGACAAAUUCAAGAGAGGCAAAAUUACCAAGUCUCAAUUUACACAAGGGUUGGACAAGCUGUUCAAAUUUUUAAGUGAAGAAGACUUCAAGUUGCUGCAAGAAGCAUACUUUGAGCCUUUAUCAGGAUAUGUAAAUUACUUUAAAUUUAUUGAAGAUGUAGAUAAGAACGAAAGAGUUGACGGACUUACCAAGAGCGUCUAUGCUCAGGAGUUAGAAGCCGAAAUGUCCAAGAAUUUUGUGAGCCCAAAAAAUUCCAAAGAGCUGCCCUUAGAGAUUUCCAAUUUAAUGAAUCGCGUUAAAUCAGUUGUUGUGAAAAAUAGAAUCAGAUUGAAGGAAUUCUUUACUGAUUUCGACAAGCUCAGACAUGGCUAUGUGACUAGAGCAAAAUUCAGAACAGCCUUAAACAUGGCCAAAUUGGAGUUGAAGGAGCAAGAAAUUCAAAUCUUGGAGGAGUAUUUCAAAUUAGACAGCUAUCAAAACUGUAUCAGCUACACUGCACUUUGUGACGAGUUGGAUAGGGCGUUUACUAUUUCUAACUUAGAGAAGUGUCCAAAAAGCAAGAUUGAAAAAUUCGAGCCAAGACAUUCAUAUCCUUUGAAGGCUGCAAUCCCUGAAAUCAGCAAUGAUGUUGAUGAAAACGAGCUCCAAUACAUCCUUACCAAGGUCGCCAUGAAAGCAGCAGUGAUGCAACAAUUAUUAUCUCAUUAUUUCCAGGACUACGAUCGGUUGCGAAAACAACGCGUCACCAAGAGCCAAUUUGCAUCAAUUAUUGAUUUCUUAAAAUUCAAUUUAACUGGCAAACAGUAUGAUAUUCUGCAGAGAAAAUAUGAAGACGAAAGAGGAGAUGUGGACUAUUACACCUUCUGUAAAGAUGUUGACAAAAUAGUUUCCACAUUGUAA